CAGAUCCCGAAAGUGAAAGGACCUGAACCAGGAAGUACCGGGAGUGAACAUGGCUUCGAAAGGACAGGUCGACAGUUGGAGCGAGGAGGCAAUUUGUCCCAUCUGCCUGGAUUUCUUCUCCGAUCCGGUAUCACUGGAGUGUGGUCACAAUUUCUGCGGCUCCUGUAUCACACAAUGUUGGGAAAGUGCGAAAAGAAACUCCUGCCCGGAAUGUAGAGAGGUGUUUGCAGACGGUAAACUCAGGCCGAGUCGGGUCCUAGCAAGACUGGCUGAAAAAGCUCGAAAACUAAACCUGAAUCCGAAAGAAAAGGAAAGUAAACUUCACUGCGAGGAACAUGGGGAAGAACUGAAGCUGUUUUGUGAAACCGACGAGAAACUGAUCUGUGUGAUUUGUGCAGCUUCCCAGGAACACAGAGAGCACCGCUUCCUGACGAUUAAAGAGGGCUUCGAAAUUUACAAGGAUCAAGUCAAAUGGUUCCUAGAUUCUCUCACAAAGAAGAAAUCAGACUUCGAGAAAAUUGAGCAGCAACAGAAAGAAAACAUUUCCAGAGUCCGGGAACAGUCACACAGCCUUCAGUCCCACAUCACAUCCCAGUUUGCUGAACUGCGCCAGAUUCUCACUGAGAAAGAGCAGCGUUUACUCCGAGAUCUCAGGAAAGAAGAGGAGAGGAUUCUAAAUCCAAUGGAGAUUAAUCUUCAGGAGAUUCAAGAGAAGUUACUCUCUAUCCAGGAGGAAAUCUCAAGGUUACAGGAACAGAUGGAUCAGCAAGACAAUGUGAUAUUUCUCAUGGAGAAAGUUCUUCAGAAGAGAAGGAUUAAGGAUGAUGUCCAGGAAUUGUCAGUGAAUGAUGAGGCCUUAUCGGUUGCAAAAUUUGAUCACCCUUAUUUGUUGAACAGAGCUCUGAGAAAAAUACUUGAUGCCAUUAAUCAAGACUCUAUCACCCUGAAUGUGGAAACAGCGAAUCCGGAGCUCGAAGUGACUGAUGAUCGGAAGAGUGUGAGAUUGACCGAGACCCGGAGGGAUCUCCCUGACACCGGGGAGCGGUUCAGAGUCUGGGGUUGUGUGCUGGGAUCAGAGGGAUUCACAUCGGGGAGACAUUUCUGGGAAGUGGAGGUGGCGAGGAAUCGGUUCUGGAGUCUGGGAGUUGUCGCUGAGUCUGUAGACAGAUGGGGAGGUGUUGGGUUGAGACCGGAGACCGGAUUCUGGAUCAUCGGCCGGAUUGAUGACAUGAUCAGUGUUCCCACCUCCCCUGAAAUCCAUCUCCCUACCGGUCCCAUCCCCGGGAGGGUGGGAGUUUAUCUCAGUUACGAGUCCGGGACAGUUUCAUUUUACAAUGCGAAGACCAAGUCCCAUCUCCACACCUUCACUGGGAAUAAAUUCACAGAAAAACUUUAUCCAUUUUUCAGGACCUGGGAUAAAAACCAAUGGCUGAGAAUCUGCUCCGGUUCUGCUCCAGGUCUCGCGUCCAGUGGGCAAUCGCGGUAUUGCAGGGGUUCCGCAGCUCACCGAAAGUUAAGGAACCUGAAUCAGGAAGUAUCGGGAGUUAAGAUGGUUUCGAGAGGCCAGAUCGACGGUUUAACGGAGGAGGCAAUUUGUCCCAUCUGCCUGGAUUCCUCCACCGAUCCAGUUAUCCUGGAGUGUGGACACAAUUUCUGCCGCUCCUGUAUGAUGCAGUUUUGGGAAAGGGAGCAGAGAAACUCCUGCCCAGACCGCACCCUUAAAGUCAAUCGGGCCUUAGCAAAUCUGUCUGAGAAAGCUCGAAAACUAAACCUGAAUCCGACAGGAAAGAAAAAUAAACUUCGCUGCGAGAAACCUGAGGACGAACUGAGGCUGUUUUAUGAAACCGACGAGAAACUGCUCUGUGUGAUCUGUAGAGAUGCGCGGGAACACAGAGAGCACCGCUUCCUGCCGAUUGAAGAAGCUGUUGCAGUCGAUAGGGACCGGGUUAAAUCUGCGGUAGAAUCUCUCACAGAAAAGAAAUCGGACUUGGAGGAAAUGGAGCGGCAAAAGAACGAGAAAGUUUCUAGAGUUCGGGAGGAAGCUCAUCGGAAGAGGAGUGUUAGUGAAGAUGACAAGUCCUUGUCAAUGACACAUGGCUCGCUACCUGUUGAAAAUUUCGAUCACCCCUUUUUGUUGAACACAACAUUGAGAGAAAUGUCUGAUACAAGUAAACAAGUCUCUGUCACCCUGGAUGUGGAAACAGCGCAUCCCGAGCUCGAGGUGUCUGAGGAUCGGAAGAGUGUGAGAUGGACCGAGACCUGGAGGGAUCUCCCUGACACCGGGAAGAGGUUCACAGUCUGGGAAUGUGUGCUGGGAUCAGAGGGAUUCACAUCGGGGAGACAUUACUGGGAGGUGGAGGUGGCGGGGAAUCUGUACUGGUGUCUGGGAGUUGCCGCAGAGUCUGUGGAGAGGGACAGUCAUGUUGGACUGAGACCAAAGACUGGAUUCUGGAUCAUCACAGGGGUAAAUCACGUGAUCAGUGUUCCCCCCUCCUCUGAAUCCUGUCUUCCUGCUGGUCCCAUCCCCGGGAGGGUGGGAGUUUAUCUCAGUUAUGAGUCUGGGACAGUCUCAUUUUACAAUGCAGAGACCAAGUCCCAUCUCCACACCUUCACUGGUUAUAAAUUCACAGAGAAACUUUAUCCUUUCUUCUGGACUUGGCAUAAAAACCGGUGGCUGAGAAUAUGCUCUGGUUCUGCUCCAGGUCUGUAAAUGGGUCAGGUCCUGGAACUGGCAUCAGGAAUAAGCCAGUGUAAAUAUAAAUGUGCGGAGAGUGAA